AUGAAUGCCUGGGAGGUGGAAUCUGACCCAUCUGGGUCUCAGCCUCACUGGUUCCACACCUUACAGGCCCGACGGCUUAAGGUCCCAAGAGGACGGAGCAACAGUGACCCGCUAAGAGCAGGAACGGUGCAGGAACUCUUCACCAGGAAAGCAGGCCUAGAGUUCGGAGCGGCGCACUCAUACCUGAGUCUGGAGAAGCUGGGAGAAGGAGCUUUUGCCUCCGUCUACAAAGGCAUCAGCAGGAUAAACGGGCAGCUGGUUGCUCUGAAGGUGAUUCGCAUGAAGACUGAGGAGGGCAUCCCGUUCACCGCCAUCAGAGAAGCAUCUCUCCUGAAGCAUCUAAAACAUGCAAACAUUGUCCUCCUGCAUGACAUCAUCCACACCAGUGAGACGCUCACAUUUGUCUUUGAAUAUGUGCAGACGGAUCUGGCCCAGUACAUGACGCAGCACCCUGGGGGACUUCACUCCCAUAACGUGAGGAUCUUCAUGUUCCAACUGCUCCGGGCUCUCAGUUACAUCCACAGUCGUAGGAUCCUGCACCGAGACCUGAAGCCUCACAACCUGCUCAUCAGCUACCUGGGAGAACUCAAACUGGCUGACUUUGGCCUGGCCCGGUCCAAGUCCGUUCCUACUCAGAACUUCUCCUCAGAAGUAGUGACACUGUGGUAUCGGCCACCCGAUGUUUUGUUGGGAUCCAUAGACUAUUCUACAGCUCUGGACAUGUGGGGGGCGGGCUGUAUCUUCAUAGAGAUGCUGCAGGGGUCCCCGGCAUUCCCAGGAGGUUCUGAUGAGCUGGAGCAGCUGCAGAACAUCUGGACGGUUUUUGGUGUCCCUUCAGAGUCCAGCUGGCCUGGAAUAAGUCUGCUGCCUAAUUACAGACCAGAGUGGUUCGUUCACUGCAAGCCGAAACAAUUUAGAAACAUUUGGAAGAGGUUGGACCAACUCUCCAAUAAGACGGAAGAUCUGGUCCAGAAGAUACUGAGACUGGUUCCCACCGAACGGAUUUCUGCUCAGGAGGCUUUGCUGCAUCCGUAUUUUAGCAUUCUACCUGCUCCCAUCAUGCAUCUCAGAGACACUGUGUCCAUCUUCAAAGUUCCUGGAGUUUCUCUAGAGACAGAGUUUAGAGACAUCUUCAACCCUGGACGAAAACAGAAAUCUUCACUGCUUCCUGCUGCAAGUUGUUGGUGACCAAGUUGUCAAAUCAAUUUAACCGGACCUGACAACAACAG